GUUCGCGAGCUGUUGGAUUCUUCUUCGUGUCGUUUUAUACCAACAACUAGCAGCACGGGUUUUUUUCUAACUACCUAACCUAACCUACCUAGGUCCCUAGCAAAAAAUACCUACCUACUUACCAUCCUCGUACUCGUGCGCCUCGUCUAAUCCCGGACCACGAGCAAAAAAGGAAAAAAAAAUUCUCCCCCCUUUCCUAUACAUACCGCCAUCGUUCAUCGCUCAUCGUCCAUCAUGACGGCCAUCACCAAAACGACCCGCGGCCCAGACGGUUCGCAAUCGACCCUGACGUACCAUCUGCCCCCGCAAACCACGCCCUUCGCCCCCCCGCCGCAACAACAACAACAACAAGGCGCCACCAGCAUCACCACCAUGCCCCCCUCGUGCUCCCUGUCCGUCUUCUGCCGCGGCCUCUCGUACUACGUGUACUCGCUCAACACGGCGGCGCGCGACGCGCACCCGCUCGCGGGGCAGCGGUGUCUCGCGGUGCAGGAGCUGGCUGCGUCGACGGAGGCGGGGGGAGGGGCGGGGGCAGGGAGAUGGAACGGGGCAGGGAAAGGUACAAGGGUAGAGGAUGGGAAUUGGGAUGGAGGAGAUGGGGAUGUGGCAAAGCGCGUGGGGUACAACGAGGACUGCUGGCCGGAGAAUUACUUCGCGCUGUUCGACAACGAGUGGGGCGAGCUGAACGGCGCGCCGCGGAGCGGCAACGAGGGGAGCGCGUCGACCGCGGCGUUCCCCGGGGACAGGUGUCUUGCGGGGUGGACGGUGGCGUGCACGACUACGAUUACGGCGGGGGAUGGGGGUGGGAGGGAUAGGGGUAGGGGUAGGGGUAUGCGUGGGGACGUGGGUGUGGGUGUAGGUUGGGGGAAGAAUAGGAAUGGAAGUGAGAAUGGAAACAGGAAUGGGGCCGCGGAUGGAAACGAGAGAAAUGGGAGUUUCCAAGCGGUAGGGGUAGGGGUAGGGGAAGAAGAAGACGUGGAAUUAUACCCGCAAGCCUGGUGCUGCCCGCCCGGCCAAUGGACCUGCGCGACGGCGACCGCCGACGGCGACAGGCAGGCGCCGCAGCGGCUGUGCCAGAGCUACCUGACGGGGUCAGCGCCCACCCCGAUCUGGAUGUACUGGGACCCGGCGUUCGACACCGUGGUCCCCGACGGCUCCACGUCCAGCCCCUUCGAGGCGUACACCUGGACCGCGGACGUGCCCGCCGAGUCCGACCCGGCGCUCGCGGCGACGGUUUUUCGGAAGGUAUUUCCGCUUGUGCUGGGCAGUGGUGGUGGUGGUAGUGAUAGUAAUGCCGGGACUGGAACUGGGACUGGGAAUCCGGGUCUGGGAGCUGAUAGUAGCAGUAGUGACGGCGGUGGCGGUGAUAGUAGUAGUGAUAGUGAUAAGGUGACGGAGGAACCGCCAACUAUCACGGUCACGCGGGUCAUUACGCUGGACCCUAUGCCCCAAACGACCAGCAGCUUCGCUAUGGCGGAGCGGAAUAGGAGAUGGGGAAUAGAAUCCGAAUCCAGCACCGGGACGGGACCGUUACCCCCACCAGUACUAUCAUCAUUACCAUCAUCACCACCUGGAAAACACGUGCUGACGCCUCGGUGUCUGGCAUCCGUCUUGCUGGGUGCCGCUUUCUUAACAGCGGUUAUCUCGUUCGUCGGAUUCGCGUUGCUGUACCGUCUGAGAAGGAGGAACAGCAGGAGGAAGGGGUAUCGCGUUGUUUCUUCUGCUAUUCCUCCCGCUGCCAAGGCUCCUCUUGAGGAGAAUGGAAAAUUCGACGUAGGGGAUUUGCUCCAGCCUCGGGAGUCGGAGUCGAAGAUUAUUUGACGACGGGCGCUAGGGUCUAAAUUGCGAGCAUGGAGUUUAUACGAUAAGCACCUAGGUAUUUAUUUAUUUGUGAGGUUAGGUUAGGUUGUGUUUGAAUAUCUCGGUGAUGUUUUCACUGAGGCCAUUGCUACGUGUUAGGUUAGGUACCUCCUAUCUUUUUUUUCUUUACUUUCUUUUUUUUUCAAUAUUCUAGCUCUGCUGCUUUCUCAUAAUUCUAAUAUUCCAGUCCCGUCUAUUUAUUAGCUACCUCACAACGAGUGGACAAUCUGUAGGAUCGUUUCAGCCUAUCGAUUCUCCGCUCCGACCUCGACAGAGCCAGAAAAAAAGAAUAACUUACUAGAAAAUUUAACCCCCAUGUCUACUUCGUCGCAUAUUUCCAUAGCCGGCCCUUUAUAUUCACCAAAUCGAUCAACGGAGCAAUAGCAAAACUGUAGCAGUAUAAGA